ACUGGUGAAAGCGUUGUUCGACUUGCCGGGGAUUAUUCUUUACCAAUUAUUUAUUUUAGAAAAUGUCUCGUCGUCGAAGAGAUUCAAGUGACGAAGAGGAUGUUGGACAUUCUGCAAGAAAGCGUAGACGAGGUUCGGAAAAUAUUGACAUUGAGGAAAGACUGGAAUCCCUCAUUACCAGAGUUGGAGAAAAGAGCACAUCCUCCUUGGAAAGUAACUUGGAAGGACUUGCCAGUGUACUGGAGGCAGAUCUGGGGAAUUACAAAACCAAAAUAAUGAGAAUCCUGUGUUCCUGUGUUGUUAAACUCCCAGAGAAAAUGGCUGUGUACACUACCUUGAUUGGUCUCUUGAAUGCUAAGAACUACAACUGUGGGGGAGAGUUUGUUGAAAUGCUCGUUAGAAAUCUAAAGGAAGCCCUGAAGACUGGGGAGUAUGAGAAUGCCAAGUUACAAGUUCGUUUCCUUGCCGACUGUGUCAAUUGUCAUGUGAUCGUGGCUGGUUCACUGUUAGCUUUAUUUGACAAUUUUAUUGAAGUGACGCUUGAGGACAACAUUCCACAGGUGCGCUCCGACUGGUAUGUUUAUGUAGUGCUGUCUGCUCUCCCAUGGGUUGCGAGAGAAUUACAUGAAAAGAAGGAGACAGAAUUUAACAAACUUUUAUCAACUAUUGACAAUUAUAUUAGCAAGAGACAGAAAAUCCAUGUCCCAGCCUUGAGAGUGUGGGUGUCUGAUUUUCCCCAUCCUCAAGAAGAGUACCUAGACUGCCUCUGGGCCCAGAUUAAGAAUAUGAAGUCCAACAAGUGGUCGGAGAAGCAGAUCAUGAGGCCUUAUUUGGCCUUUGAUGGAGUGCUCUGUGAGGCUCUACAACACACCCUACCCCAGAUCAUCCCUCCCUCACACAAUGAGGAGAGCACAUAUCCCCUCCCCAAGGUCAUCUUCAGGAUGUUUGACUACACAGAUGUACCUGAGGGCCCUGUAUUACCUGGUAGUCACUCCAUUGAGAGGUACCUGAUAGAAGAACAGAUUGACAGAAUAAUCAGCACAUAUUACGCAGAGCGCAAAGACUGUGCUGCAGCAUUACUAAGCUUUCCCUCCAAAAACAAGAUCCCGCUCAAUUACAUGAUAGUGGAGGUGAUGUUUUCUCAGCUGUUUCGACUCCCAGUACCCCCUUCCCUGGAAAUUUUCUAUGGUUCUCUACUGAUAGAGCUUUGUAAGCUACAACCAGGCUCCAUGCCACAAGUUUUAGCACAAGCCACUGAAAUGCUGUAUGAGAGAAUUGACACUAUGAAUGUUACCUGUAUUGAAAGAUUUGCUAACUGGUUUGCAUACCAUUUGAGCAACUUCCAGUUCCGCUGGAGCUGGGAUGAUUGGUCUACCUGUUGUCAAAUGGACCCAGAAUUACCCAAACCCAAAUUUGUCAAGGAGGUGCUUCUCAAGUGUUUAAGAUUAUCCUACCACCAACGAAUAGCAGAAAAUGUCCCUGAAAGCUUUGAAGCUCUGAUCCCUGAGAAACCUCACCCUCAAUUCAAAUAUGAGAAGGAGGGAGCAGGCUCAAUGCCUGGUACUAUGGUGGCCCACCAACUGAUGGCUGCAAUCAAGUCCAAGUGUACCCCGGAGGAGGCCAUGGUAUUGCUGAAAGAUCUGCCCAACCCACUCAGUGAGGAGGAGAGUGACCCGACGUAUCACCCUCUCCGAAUAGACGUCUUUGUCUCGGUUUUACUCUACCUUGGCAGCAAGUCAUUCAGUCAUUCCUUUGCUGCUAUAGCUAAAUUUCAUCAUAUUUUAAAGCUUCUAGCUGACACAGAAGAGGGACAGAUUUGGUUACUCCGUACAAUGUUUGAAAUCUGGAGCUCACAUCAGCAGAUGAUGGUUGUUCUUGUGGACAAGUUACUGAAGACUCAGAUUGUGGAGCCCUCAGCUGUGGCUAACUGGUUGUUCUCCAGUGAAAUGCAGCCAGAGUUUACCAAAUUUUAUGUUUGGGAAAUAAUGCAUGCGACAAUUAAAAAGAUGAGUAAACAAGUCGACAAACUACAGCAAGAUGUUGAGGACUCCAAGGACAAACUGGAUGCAGCAAAGAGAAAGAAACGACUCUUUCUGAUCAUCUUCUAUCGAUUUAUUAUGAUCCUGACUGACCAUUUGGCAAAGUGUGAAGGAAAUGGCAUUGAUUACAAUACUCCAUGGUACAAGUGGGUUAUUGAAAGAUUACAACAAAUAUUUUUGCUGCACCAUGAACUGGUUUUCAGGUACAUCAGUACACUGGAGUCUCUACUUUUCACAAGUGACAUUGACUUUCACAUCCUGGAAGUAUUCCAACAGUUUUGCGCUCUUCGUUCAUAGUUCAGUCAUUAUCCAUUUCAUAAAACGCUUUUUGGCUUCAUUCAUCAUUGGAAUUAAAAUCUUCAAGAAUUGAAUCAUCCUCAAAUAAGUGCAGAGAUUUCAUUUAAUGUCUUGAACUUUAACACCUCUCUGGACAAUUUAAUAUGUUUA